GGCAGCAAAGUAGUAAAGGUUGGGCGAAUUUCUGUGGACAUAGCCUGGCUCUGGACCUAUGUUUAAUCUUUAAAAUAUAUUAAAAUUAAUUCAAUAAUGGAAGGACUACGAUUGGAAGAUGUUCAAGAAGACUCACCACAGUCACGGUAUUUACUCGGCCUUUUUGAAGAAGAUUCUGCAAUGCUUGCAAAAUAUGUCAAGGGGCUGCAUGAAUCAUGCCGAAAAAUCCUGGACUGCCAGAAUUCACUUUGUGCUGCAAUGCAAGAUCUGUCAGCUAAAGCAAUGGAAUUCGAACGCUGGAAAUUCCCAAUAGAGCGAGAUGACAGCGUUCUCUGUUCCACUAUGAAGCAAUUAGCCAUGACAGUCAAUGAUAUAAGUUCAGUUUACACUGUGCUGUCAACACAAGUUAGUGAGGGUGUGUUUCAGAGGCUCUCAUCAUUUCUGAAUGGUGACAUAGCUGAUAUCACAAGCUUACAAGAAGUCUAUCACCAGUUAGAUCAAGAGCAUGAACAAGUUCUUAGUAAGUACUGCAAAAUUAGUAAGAAGAAAGAGAAUGAAACCAAAGCCAGAAUUGAAAGUACUGAUGAAUUAUGCAACGUGAGGAAGAAAUUAAUGCAGAGUGGUUUGAACCUGUACACUGGACUGAAUUUAUUGCAACAUAAGAGAAAGACAACACUUAUUGAGACACUGGUUGUAUAUCUACAAAGUCAAAUAUCGUUUUUUAAGCUAGGAAAAGAAAUGCUUUCAAAUCAGACAACAGAGUUCUUGGCUAACAGUGUUGCAAGUACACAUGAAGUUCACAAUGCAAUGGCUAGGACAGCAGAAUCAUGCCAGGAGAAGAUAGAGUCGAUACAGGCCAACAGUACGUACUACUUCACUCCAGACCCAACACCAGAUAUGCAAACACCAGCAAGGAAAAUCAGAACAAACCUUAGACAGACAUCUAGCUUCCUGUUUAUUAGGCAUAAACAUGGUCUUACACAUCGCUGGGAAAAGGAAUAUUUCUUCACGCAGGGAACUAAUCUUAUGAGUCAAGCGAAGGGAGAGAUUGCAGGUAGCCUUGUGGUGGACCUGGAGAAUUGCACUGUCAACCACGUUGAUGUGGAUGACCGUAGAUAUGUCUUUCAAAUAACCAGUCCCGUUGAUACUAAGAAGACCAUAACGUUACAAGCCCUGAGUGGAUCUGAUAGGGAGGAGUGGAUGGCCACUAUAAGGAACCUAUCCAGUGGAUUCCACACACAACAGCCUCCAGUUCUGUCAGAGGUCCCAACAGGCUCAGUACCAUCAAGACCACAGAAAAUUCCAGUACUACAUGACCAAGAUACACAGAGGGUAGACACUCAUCAGGGAAGUAAAGGCUCCUCCAAGGACCUACCCGCGACCCCACCUCCAUCUCCGCUAGAAGUAGUCUUACCAACGACACCUAUUCAAUUUGACAUGAUCUCACCAGUGGAAAGGCAUGCACCACCUGUUAACAGAUCACAAGCAAAAGAUGGCCCACCCAGGAGAAUUAACCCUUUCUGUGAGCCGUCGGCUGAUGGAAGGGAUGAUAGUGUUCCUUACGGCAGUACGUUUAGCCAAAUGUACACUAUACGAUUCUUAGGAUCUGUGGAGAUAAAAGGUGACCGAGGAGUUGAGUUGGUUAAUGAAACAAUCCGACAAAUCAUGGCAGCAAGAGCAAUUCAUAAUGUGUUCCGCAUGAGCGAGUCGCACAUGAUCAUAACAUCUGAACGAGUGAGGUUACUUGAUACAUCUAGUCAAGCUAUUAAAGCUGAUUUUGACCUUAGAGAUAUUUCCUUCUGGGCAGCUCAUCAGGAGAACAAAAGGUUGUUUGCUUUUAUCACUCGAUCAAAGUUCUCCAAGGGCAGAGGUCAUCACAAGUUCACGUGCUACGUGUUUGAGAGUGAUAUCUCAUCGGAGAAUAUUUGCAAAUCACUGAGCGACGCAACUGGACUUGCAUUCAACAAAAUGUUAGAGAGGAAAACAAGUGAAUCACAAGAUACAUGUAGAACUGAAGAUAAUGGAGAUGGCAGCACCCAGUCAUCCAUCGAGUCCUCACCUUAUUCUGACCAAUUCUCUGACUAUCUUGGCAUGUCAGGGCUUUCUCGUAGUUCUAGCCAGUCACCCGAGAGUAACCUGUCUCCUAGCAAUCACCCUAUUAGCUUCCCAGAGUCCAGCAAUGGUAGAAUGACAUCACCUGUAGUGAUCAACCAAUCAGACGUUUCAAAUGAAGGCACAUGUGAGAUAGAAUCACAGGGGGAAUCAUGUGCCUAAUGUAUGUUUUGAUACCAAAUGGUUUUUUCUUCAGUCAUUCUGAAUGUGCGCUAUCUGCUGUUGAUAUCGGAAUUAGCCUCCAAUAAAGAGGCUAUUGAGUUUGCCUUUGAUCCUCAUAUCGUUGUUAUUAGUGAUGGUUUGAAGUGGUCAAACAGGAGGUGGAUGCUGUGCAAAGCUAGGAGCAAUUUAUUUUACUGUAUUUAUUUAUUCAUUAUACUGUGGAACCAAUUCAGUAGGAAAUCUACUGUUCUUCCACAGGCCCUAGUUAAUUGCAGACUUGCAGUCACUUUUAUCUAUCACGUUGACACUAGGGAGCUUUCGAUUUGUGCGACGAUGCGACGCUAGAACGGAAUCACUCAUGCGUGACCGUCCUACCUGGUGUCCUAUGUUCUCUGCAUACGUAGAUUUUCCCAAAUUGCAUUCCAAAAUCUACUCGACGAGGUGACCUUAACGUUUUCGCAUGCGCAGAUGACUUUUUCUGACGUCAUUACGUUCUACGUCCUACCGUCGUCAUGCAAUCGAAAGCUUCCUAAUAAAACAUCUGAAUCCCUUUAUCCUGUGAGUGGCAAGGUGGCUCCAUUUACAUGGUCAUACGCUGACCAUUAAAAUGUAGGCCUAGGCAUACAGUUGGAUCCAGGAUUAUGGGUGCUGAUUCGGAGUUCGUUUAAGUGAUUUCAUUUUAAUAAUAUUCAUAUUAAUAAUAUAUAAAAUAAUAUAACUAUAUAUAUAUAUGUAUGCCAUUCAUUAUAAAUUCUUUACAACUAUCAUACAAAUCAACUAUAAAAGGACCAAUUAUAACUCUUUAAAAGAUUAUAUUCUUGCUGCCCCUUGUGGUCUUGAUUUCCUUCAUAACACAAGCUCCGACAAAAUGAGAAUGCCCAAUCAAAAUUAUUUAUACAAAACCUUCAUUGUAUAUUCCAAUGCUUGUAUUCUACCUAAUAUUUCAGUGCAAUUCUACUUAAUAUGGAUUUUAAAAAGGCUUUUUAAUCUUUAUUAGAAACUAAACAAGAGAGUUGGAACAAGAGUAGCAGAUCCAGAAAUUGGAAAUAGAGGGGGGGGGGGACCUUUCAGAGAUGAACGGUCUUUGCCACCACCAACUAUAGUGGGGACUAAGGCAAGAAAAUUUAUGAUUAUGGCACCUCUAGAUGGCCAGAAAUGCCCCUCACAGAUUUAAAAUUCGAAUUUAAUUUUCUUUCUUUCUCCAUUUUUUUUUUUAUUUUGAAAUAUUUAGGGGGCCCAGGCCGGCUAGGUCCUCCUCGAAUUCGCCACUGAACAACUUAACAUUAGAUCCCUGCUACAAUUCUAUAAUAGAAACAUGGUAUUCUGCUUAUUUUGUUUAUUGUUCCAUUAAAAGGGAAAUAAAAAAUCAGAAACAUUUAUAUUAUAUUUAUUUCAAGCAAUACACAAACACACAAAUCAAUAACAAAGCCUAAGGAUUACAUAUUAAAAAACGAUUUUUAAACCAAGUGCCAGGGUAUACCCCUGCCUUAACUGCUUGGCCACUUGCCUUGCUCAAAAAAUGAUUUCCAAACCCUUUUUUAACAUCCACCCCAUUCUUACUUCUACCACCCUCUCACCCACCUUCCCACCAUGUUCCAGAGGUAAACUUUUGUGACUGGCUCUAGCAAAAACAGACUCUUGUUUCAAAAAAUGAUCUUUGUAAUGUAGAGGUCAAAUGCUAAUAAUAGAUGCAAAAAUUGUUAAAAACAGAUAACAAAUGGCGAAGAUAUGAUCAUUUUAAUUUUUAGUCCAACAUGCAUUAAGAUGGUCAAUAUAUGGGAAUUUUAGCUGAUUUGAAGCCAUUUGAUUGCUAGAGUCGGUAACAUU